GGGAUAGAGGGAGACGAAAGAGGUAGCAGCAGAUGGACUGCUGCACAGCCUGCAACACACUCAAAAAGGACAGCCUGUAUGUAUGACAGUAUGUGUGUAUGCAUGCAUACUGUAGCAGAGCAGGAACUGUGUGUAGGAUAAUGGUGGGGAAGGAGUGAGCACCUUUCAUGUCCUGGAUGCAGAGAAAUAAUCCUCUUGGGGAAAAAGGAAAAAAGGGAUAAAGAGAAGUGAGCAGGAGGCAGAAGAGUGAACACUUUUGCUCUUCACACUUAAGUUGUUUUCAGGGCAGGUGCAAUCCCAGCAGAAACCACUGUAGCAAACCAAAACAUCAAUGUGUGUGGCAGGAGAACCUCGAUAAAUGCUACGGACUGUGGCGGGACUUCUUGUUUAUUUGGUUGCACCACUUCUCUCUUCUUUUUUUUUUCACUUAAGAAAAAUACGGCGGUUUUAUACGAGAUAAAAUAGCCUGGCUAGCUUUGGGAGCACACACUGAGGGAUCCUCUAUGGUGAAGAUGAGUCUGGAUCCUGUGCAGGUGAUGAGCGGACAGGUCACGGAGCUCAAAGUUGCCCCUUCGUCCAACGGGGACAGCAGAGGAUCAUGGGAAGAGAAGGAAGAGUUUGACCAAGACCAUCUGGGCCUGACUGCCAAGCCAAAACCAGUGACAGGGAGACGAGCCCGGAAGGUGGAGGGAGGCGUAUUCUUCCCAAAGCCGGAGAACGCAGUGACUAUUGCCGUCUCUUCUCGGGUCUUGUUUCGGACUGAGCGGGAACAGAAGGUGUUUGAGCAGAAAGGUGUGGAGGAAUAUCUGAGAUACCAAAUCGAACACGAGAACGAACCCUUCGCCCCCGGACCUGCGUUCCCUUUUGUCAAGGCUCUGGAGGCGGUCAACUCUCGCCUGCGGGAGUUGUACCCACAAAGUGAGGAGCUGUUCGACAUCGUUUUGGUCACAUACAACCAUGCACACGUAGGAAUCCGGCUCAUCAACACCAUCAACCAUCACAACUUGUUCAUUGAGAGGUUUUGUAUGACGGGAGGAAGCAGUCCUAUUGGCUACCUGAAGGCAUGGCACACCAACCUCUACCUGUCUGCUGAUGCCGACAAGGUCAGGGAGGCGCUGGCUGAAGGCAUUGCAGCAGCCACCAUGUUCAUGCCAGAAAAGCUGACGGAGGUAUCACAGUCCCAGCUGCGGGUAGCGUUUGACGGUGACGCCGUCCUUUUCUCUGAUGAGUCUGAACGCAUCUUCAAGGCCCACGGGCUGGACAAGUUCUUCGAACACGAGAGGGAAAAUGAGGACACGCUGCUGGAUCAUGGUCCCCUGAAGGGUUUCCUGGAGGCGCUGGGGAAGCUCCAGAAAAAGUUCUAUGCUAAAGGCCACCGCCUGGACUGUCCCAUCCGCACCUUCUUGGUCACAGCUCGCAGCGCAGCGAGCUCCGGAAUUCGGGCGCUGAAGACGCUCAGAGCCUGGGGCCUGGAGAUCGAUGAGGCCUUGUUCCUCGCAGGUGCACCCAAGGGCCCCAUGCUGGAGAAGAUUAGACCCCACAUCUACUUUGAUGAUCAGAUGUUUCACGUGGAGGGAGCGGCAGAGAUGGGUACCAUCGCUGCCCAUGUUCCCUACGGCAUCGCACAAAAACACAACGCCAAGCAGAACACUGGUGUGAGGAAGUAGGCAGCAGGACUUCAGCUGUCAAAGGCGCAGAAGAAGGAAGGGAUGAAGAAACAUCUUUAAAAAGAGCCAAAAGAAGAAGCAUUUAAAAUGAACUUUUAAUGUUGAGUGUUUGGGAAUGAAUCAUUUCCAUAAUGCAGCAAUUUAACUGCAAGUUUGUUUGAUCGUAAUGUCAUCUGUCUCAGCUUAAUGCGAUUAGGAGUUACACAGAAGACUGGAUAAAGGUCAAGUAGCGGUCUGGAACCUGAGAUGACCUGAAUGCCCACAUGUCCUUCUGCUACACAUUUCAAAGCCUCCGUCUACUGAAUACUGCUGUGUUUUAUCAAAUCUCGCUUUCUAUGGCACUUUUGAAGGUGCUUAUUUGCCACAGAGAACUGGGUAUUUCCUCUCAGCACUACUUGUCUUCAUGAAGAAGACACAUCUUCACUGCUGCAAGGCUGGAGGACACUAAAUGAAAGGUUUCACAGGCUCCUGUUUAAGUAAAGCACUACACUGUAUGUUGUCAAUAGAGCACAAUGCAGAGAUAUUAUAUGGUUAAAGAUUAUAGUGAUGUUCUGUAGUAUGAGAGUUAAAGUUUCUGUGUCAGUCAUUUUAUAGAAUGACUUCACAAAAUUGUAAAAAUGUUUGGUUGGAACUCUACAGAAAGUUGUUGUAUAUUACUGAUGAUAGCAAUGCUAUCUAUUCUUCUGUUCAAAGCAAGUAUAGAAAGCCAUAAGUUUCAGUUGGUGCCUUAAGAGUAGAAUUAUACUUCUCUGGGCUGCAUGUAGGCGAGAGUGCACAGUUCCUUUUAUACUUGUAUGUACUAUGUUUCUGUUUUUACCCACAUUUCAACACUAUGUCCUGACAGGAUCUGAGUCAACCACUGGAGUUGUUGUUGAGCCUCUAUGACAUGUCCAUAACACACUCCUCUACUGAGAUUCUGCUUUGUACCAAAAGCAUAAUUCCAUGACUUUCAACUGCUGUAGGAUGGAGUGCCAUGAAAUUCAGUAUAGACAUUAAGGCCAAAUUCUCUUUAGCCUCAUCUCUAUGCAAAAGCAUUAAUGUGCAAUAGCAGGACUUGUCCUGUUGGCAACGAAGGUUGAUGAGAAAUCAACCAGGUUGCAAGUAUAUAGUAUAUGCACUUUUGCCAUUCGGCUACCAAACAUUAUGAGAUGCAUUUCAUUUUGAAGAAGAUGCCAUAUUAUUUUAGUUUUUGUCCUAAACCUGAGGCUGUAAGUUUCAGUGGGUGCCUUUAGUUUCAAUGAAUGCAUUACUUAUAGGCAAGUGUCCCUGACUUUAAAGGUAACAUCAUGAACAAGUCAAAACUAUGCAUGAGUUUCUCUUACUCAAAACCGCUCAAACCAACUAAAAUGAAUUCCCAUCUAUUGCAACUCACCAUUAGGGACGCUAAAACUAAAGGUCAGUACACGCUGUUUGUUCAUCCAACCAAAUUUGUAAAGGUCUAUGUUGUACAACUAAAUUUAUUCUUUAUAAUUCAGUUAAAAAGAUGGAAUUGAGGUAGUUUCUUCUGGACUUUGCUCGGCACGUCUCAGGAAUAAUUGCAUUGACACGCUGCUGCAGUCCAAUCUGUAGCCAGCUGCUGUAUCCUGCAAAAAGCCUUUCAGAAACAUCCAGGGGAGUCCCAUGUGUUUUCCUGUGUUCAGUAUAAGUGGCCAUAUGGCUGCUGGUGUAGUAUGAAUAGAACUGCAUGCACAAUCACGGUCCACUUUCAAAGUCUACAUCAGUCAUGCAGAAACCAUGAACUGGCCUCAACAAAUACAGACGAGAGCAAAUAAAGUUGAGUGAAUUCUGAUCAUUUGGUUCCACUGAUCUUACAAAAAUAGCGAAGUUUGAUUUCUGUGUUUAAUGGAUUCGGUAAUUCUGCUUUCUGGUGAGCAUUACAUUUGCACAGGGAUUAUGUGUGCUUAGCCUUUAGCCCCUGUUUAAAAGUCAGUCUGGUGGCUGAAGGAAAUAAAACCCCUGUGUUAAUACACCGAGUGAAGUAUCACAUUAUAGAUGUGUAUAAGGCAGCUAUCGUGGCUCUCCUGUAGAUCAGCGCUAGAUCAAGAUCACACUCUGCUAAGGUGGCAUCCAUUAAUGUUGUGUAACCAAUAUAAUUGUCAGCUUUCGAUCAAUACCUUGUUUCAAUUAUGACUUCUGUUUGAUUUAAACACAGAAAAAUUGACUUUCAUUGGCAAAAUGGCCUCAGUGGCCUUCAGAAGAUGUCAGUCCACUUCACAUCCCUCCGUACUGCUUCCACUCUGUGUGUUCUUAGCGAUGCCUCAUUACACCUCAUCAGCUUUCUGAGAAACACGAAGCUCAGGAAAGUGACAAGCAAUCCAUGGGUUUAACCUGACACCCGAGACAAUUAAUUAAACGCAUGCAUCUCUUGGCGCUCGUAAACGAUGGCAAGUUAUCAGCGGGUCCAGAUUCAGCAGGGAGGGAUAAUCAAGACUUGAGUUUGGUGACGUUCAGCGCAUGAAGCAGCGGUUUUGUAACAGCUUUGUUGUCAGCUUUGCAGUAAGAACAUGUCAAUGAACAAUAAAUAACAAUCAAAAUUUCA